CAAGCGUGUUUAUAUGCUGUGUAACCGUGCGGUAUACCCAUCUUGAGUGUUGUUGCAACUCUCGCAUUUUGUGCAAACUCAUUUUCCCACAUAUUGUCAUUUCAGGAGGAAAAGGAUAUUGUUUUCUUUGCGUCAUAUCAAAUACCUAUCUUAAUCUGUUAACAAUGAAUGUUUCCCGGGAACUGCUAUGACGCAACAGUCAGACUUUACCGUGUACGGUCAACUUCAAAACUACGGGCUGUCGUAUCUCUGGAACUGCUAUGACGCAACGGUCAGACAACACGAUGUUGUACAGUCGACUUCAAAACAACGGGCAGUAUCCUGGAACUGCUAUGACGCAACGGUCAGACAACACGAUGUUGUACAGUCGACUUCAAAACAACGGGCAGUAUCCUGGAACUGCUAUGACGCAACGGUCAGAUAACACGAUGUUGUACAGUCGACUUCAAAACAACGGGCAGUAUCCUGGAACUGCUAUGACGCAACGGUCAGACAACACGAUGUUGUACAGUCGACUUCAAAACUACGGGCAGUAUCCUGGAACUGCUAUGACGCAACGGUCAGACAACACGAUGUUGUACAGUCGACUUCAAAACAACGGGCAGUAUCCUGGAACUGCUAUGACGCAACGGUCAGACAACACGAUGUUGUACAGUCGACUUCAAAACAACGGGCAGUAUCCUGGAACUGCUAUGACGCAACGGUCAGACAACACGAUGUUGUACAGUCGACUUCAAAACAACGGGCAGUAUCCUGGAACUGCUAUGACGCAACGGUCAGACAACACGAUGUUGUACAGUCGACUUCAAAACAACGGGCAGUAUCCUGGAACUGCUAUGACGCAACGGUCAGACAACACGAUGUUGUACAGUCGACUUCAAAACAACGGGCAGUAUCCUGGAACUGCUAUGACGCAACGGUCAGACAACACGAUGUUGUACAGUCGACUUCAAAACAACGGGCAGUAUCCUGUGGAGUCCAGUGGAGAAAUGAAAGGACUACCUGAUGACAGAAUUCUACGGAUAUUUUGGAUGACUGGGUGCCCUUUGUUUCCGCGUCCAAGAAUGGGUAUAGCUGUGUGUGUCGUAGGAAGUGAAAAGGUAGGAGCAUUCCAGUCAAGCAGGAGUCAGAAUGGACUCUGUCGACAUGCAGAAGAAGAAUUGAUGCAACAAUUAAAUAUAGACCUUAAAAGUGGAACAUUAGAACAUAAAUUAAGAAAAUCAGGAACUACCAAAAUUGAAAUAUUUCAGAAUUAUAGCCCAUGUGGGGCCUGCGCUAAACCCAUUAGCGUCUUUCUGGGCAGACUAAAAAAGGUCUACCCCAAUGUCACGUUACACAUUCAUUUUGUGUGUAUAUACAAGAUAUUUUGGAACAAGAAAGGACCGGGACCACACUUUAUUACACCAGAAGAGCACACACAAAACCUUGAAGGGUUGUUACAUCUUGAAGCAAAUGGAAUACAGAUGCAACCAUUCACUUCACAAACAUGGGCAAAUCUAUCGGACAUACGUAUGUCUGACACAAAUAGGUCAGACUAUGUAGCUGGAGAUUAUCCUGGAUGGUAUGGGCACCACAGCCGAGAAGUGGCUGAUAAAAAAACCGCUGAAACCUUUCUUAGAUUAUUUCCUUCAGAAAGCCCACCUAUUCUAUGAGCGAGAACUUCGAAAGCUCAAACAGGUUGCAAAAGAAUGUAUUUUAGGCGUUUCAGUUCUAGAAACGUUUGUUACAUGGCACAUACGACUUCCAGAAACAUACACCCUGCGGAACAUUGUCAACUCGUGGGUUUUCUUGACCCAACCUGUAUUCGGGAUUUUAACCAACGAGAUAUGAAACUGUUCAAUUGUUUACUGAUUUGAUUUCUGUCUCAUCCCUUUUCACUUUCUUUAGCCGUGCCCUUUGAAGGUCAAUAUGAAAGUCAACUGAAGGUGCUUCAGAACAGCUGAUGCUAUUGGUUAUUUCAUAAACCAGCUACUUUGUCCUUUAGCGAUAAGGAGUCACUGUCUGUCAUAGGUAAGACACCAGCAGGUAACACUAGGUCUGCCAUCAUAAUGUGUCACCACCAGGUAACACUAGGUCUGACACCAUAACGUGUCACCACCAGGUAAAACCAGGACUGACACCAUAAUGUGUCACCACCAGGUAACACCAUGUCUGCCAUCAUAAUGUGUCACCACCAGGUAACACCAUGUCUGCCAUCAUAAUGUGUCACCACCAGGUAACACCAUGUCUGCCAUCAUAAUGUGUCACCACCAGGUAACACUAGGUCUGCCAUCAUAACGUGUCACCACCAGGUAACACUAGGACUGCCAUCAUAAUGUGUCACCACCAGGUAACACUAGGUCUGCCAUCAUAAUGUGUCACCACCAGGUAACACUAGGACUGCCAUCAUAAAGUGUCACCACCAUGUAACACUAAGUCUGCCAUCAUAAUGUGUCACCAUGUAACACUAGGACUGCCAUCAUAAAGAGUCACCACCGUGUAACACUAGGUCUGCCAUCAUAAUGUGUCACCACCGUGUAACACUAGGUCUGCCAUCAUAAUGUGUCACCAGGUAACACUAGGACUGACAACAUAAUGUGUCACCACCAGGUAACACUAGGUCUGCCAUCAUAAUGUGUCACCACCAGGUAACACUAGGUCUGCCAUCAUAAUGUGUCACCACCAGGUAACACUAGGUCUGCCAUCAUAAUGUGUCACCACCAGGUAACACCAGGUCUGCCAUCAUAAUGUGUCACCACCAGGUAACACUAGGACUGCCAUCAUAAUGUGUCACCACCAGGUAGCACUAGGUCAGCCAUCAUAAUGUGUCACCACCAGGUAACACUAGGUCUGCCAUCAUAAUGUGUCACCACCAGGUAACACUAGGUCUGCCAUCAUAAUGUGUCACCACCAGGUAACACUAGGUCUCCCAUCUUAAUGUGUCCAUAUAUUCUAUAUUGAUAUACUCUUGAUGACACCAGAUUACUUGUAAAUCAUUUCAGAUGGUUUGUUUUACACUUGUAUAUGAAGCUUAUCUCUACCAUUUGUAUAUAUUAGAACAGGAAUAAACUUCCCACUUUUGUGAAGGUUAUCCUUGUUCUAAACAGAUUCCUCAUUGAUACAGUAGAGAACUGAAAUUACUUGUUAUUUCACUUCAGUUGAUACUUUUAUUGUGAAUGUCUUUAUGAAUUUGUCAGUGUCAGUUUACAUGACAUGGAAAUAUCAUUUGUCUAUAACGCCCCUUUCCAAUUCCAUAUGUAUGACAUGGCGAGCCAUGACAUGGUGUGUCAGAUCACGGUAUGUCCAGCAAUGACAUGGUGUGUCAGAUCCCGGUAUGUCCAGCCAUGACAUGGUGUGUCAGAUCCCCGGAUGUCCAGCCAUGACAUGGUGUGUCAGAUCCCCGGA